AUGGCGGGUGUUCUCUAUUGUCGGAGCUCCGACAACGGAGAGCACUCGCCAUAUUCCACUCAUUGUAUUCCUUGCGCCAAACCGAUUGAACUCCUUUAUACACAGGUACCGCACUACCUUAAUCCGGCCUUGCAAUUGAACCCUUACCUAGCGAAUCCUAUAAUCAAGAGCGAAAUAAUCCCAACAAUAACCAUGUCAUCAUUGGAGAGGAGAAAACGGGAGGGUGAGGACGGAGUGCAGUCGUUCCCGAAUGUGACAGACGUCGGUAAAUACCUAGACGGCCUUAGUACCCAGUCGGCCAAACGAAAUCUUCCUGUUAUCUUAUAUUUGGCUUUCCUGAUGAUUAUUGGUAUUUUUGGAAAUUCCCUCGUUUUGUACGUCUACAGCUACCGCUUUAAGCGAUCAUCUUCUGUAUAUUUUAUCAUAUCUUUGGGAAUAUUUGACUUAUUAGCUUGUGUUAUUGCAAUACCAGUAGAGAUCUAUGAUAUCCAGCAUAAGUAUACUUUUUACAGUCCAAUUGCCUGCACACUGGUACGAUACUGUGGUUCUUUUGUCCAAUAUUCUUCUGUGUAUCUUUUAGUUGGAGUAGCUAUAGAUCGCUACAUCAAGAUAUGCUAUCCUCUCAAAAUGAUAUCACCCAAAAAAAUAAAAUGGAUGUGUGUCGGAGCAACAAUUGCUGGAGUGAUUUCGUCGUCACCAACUUUUUUACUUUAUGGCAUAAAAGAAGAGAAAACUCCUCACCCAGACAUUCGCGGUGGUAAUUGUUCUAUUGCUCAAAAGUAUUACAAAACUCUCUUCGAAAUGAUAUAUUUUUUGCUGAUGUCCGCAACAUUUGUUGCUUGCGUGUUAUUGAUGAUAAUUCUGUACAGUCUCAUAUGGUGUACCGUAAAACGUCGUCGUGGUUCGGUUAUUGGCGAUUCAGUGAGGAAAACUAGUGAGACAGACAGCACCAAACGUAUGUAUUAUAAAAAACAAACGAGUGUCAACAGUGACGAUGAUAACAAUUCUGUCUUUUUACCAAACAACCACAGUAAAUCGUCUAGCAGGCGACUUCGGAGAAGAAUGAGUAGCGUUUCUGCUGUUUUGAAAAAAAUCAAAGUUACCCGUACAACAGUUCUCCUCUUUGCUGUCACCCUUGCUUUUAUUUUGAGUUAUUUUCCAUCAGUCAUUGCUAUGGUUUAUUUGAAGAAAAAAAUCCAUAAAUACGAGUUACUUUACACGUUUUUUGUUAAAUUUUCCUUCAUGAAUAAUGCCAUAAAUCCUAUAAUUUAUAGUUUUUUAAACGUAAACUUUCGAACCGAAUGCAAGGAAUUAUUGAAAAGGUGUUACUGUGGCAAGAUCAAACCUCCUUCAAGACAGACAUCAAUGGAAACAGAAGAAGAUGUGAAAUAAAUAUAAAGAUCUGGGGAAGAUUAGUGGACAAUUGUCUUCGUAUGUACAGCCCCAUGCUAAUAAUGUAACAGUAUAGAAAACGUGUAACAUUUCUAUUAUAUGAAAGCACGGCAUUAAUCUUUCGAUUGUUUUAUUCCUAUGAAAAACAGAUCAUAUCGACGUUGAAAAAGUAAAAUAAGUUCAUUUAUAAGCCACGUGACCCAGUAUAGCCACAACCAAUUGGCAGAAACAGCAAAAGAAUAAGAGUUUGUAUGGAGCGUCACGUCAUUAAGAGAGGAGAUAAAAACAUGCUGACGUGUAAGCCUUUCCCAAGAAUAUUAACAACGUAAGCGAAAGGAAAAUAAUCUAAAUUGGUAUCGAAACAGAACUGCACACACACUUCUACAUCGCGACAUCCAGCAUAAAAAGUACAAUUAUAUAACACGCAUCUAAUUCUAACCAAAUCAAAGUAAAAUAAUCAACAAGAAAAUCUAGCUUUCCGUUUAACAAAUACAUCAACCAACUGCAAUUUUAGUAUGACGACGUGCUUCUGUUAUCAACAGUCAAUAUUUUACUGAGAAUCUUCAAUUUCUGGCCUUUUGUUAUGUCGUGACCUAGCGCUUCUCUCUUCUACAGAUAUUAAAGUGGUAAUAUUUAAUGGUAAUUGAAAGAAAAUUGCAGCAGCACAUCAUGUCUUGGAAUAGAAGGUAGAACCCGUUUUCUGCUUCUGAUUUCCUAUUGUGUGUCUCUCUUUUAAGUGUGACACCAGAUAGUCAAUGUAUCUCUACAUUUCAAGAGCAAAAGACAUCUUGUGGGUAUUAUCUUACGUCAUGUGUAACCACUUCAAGGUUUUGUAUUAAGUACAUUUCUUCAUUCUUAUCUGAGAUAUCACUACGUGCAAUGACCAAUACCUCUCACUUAACAUUCACAAAUAUCAAUGCACUCACAAAAUUUCUCUUAGCAGCAUCAAGCAGGGAGAGAAAAGUAAAAGACUCAUUCAUUAAUCUUAUUCGAAAAUUGAUCAUCGCAAUUAAGAUGUAAUGAGCUCACAGCUACAUAAUAGCGACUAUUAACUAGUCACAAUACUCUGUUCCUGUCAAAAGUAAAUUAAAUUUUAACUAUGGAAUUUUUCUUGGAAGCAGAAUUCAUUUUGAACCAGUAACAAACUCUCAGCACGCAUCCUAAUCUUUUCCAGGAAUAAAACAAAGGUGAGUGUAACUCGCACCGAGUGCUUAUGUGUCAAUUUGAAAUAUACGUUUGCCUGAGCUAUCUCAGAUAAUUAUUUGUUAUUCUUGCUUUAAGGGGAUAAUCCUUCACUGCCAGUUCUUGCCAGCUUUCAGCUUUUAAAAUCAAUCACAAAAUUGUUUCACAUUCACCGAUCACUCUUAAAAUAUUCAUGAACAGAAAGAAAAAUCUUGAUAGAUUUCUUGUUAUACCUCAAAAUUUUUAUCAUUCAAGAUUUCUUAACUUCAUUAAAUCCAGUGUAACAAGAACAAGAAGAAAACAUUGCAUGAAAUGUAGUGUAUGACGAUUACUAACUGUAUAUAACUCCCACCUCCAGUGAUCGUAGCUUCGAUUUGUUGCUCUGCUUCAACUGAAAAGUGACUUUAUUCCCCCAAAAUUCAAUUUCAAUCAUCUAAGAGAUUACAUAUAAACUUCAUUCAAAGUUAAUUUCAUAUCAUGUUAUGUUUGUAAAUCAUACAGUUCCAUUGUAUGUUUAAUAAAAUUUUGUAGCUAUUUUUACCAAAAAAAAGUGAAAUAAAAAGUAAAAACGUU